AUGUACGAGUCUAGUCAAAAAAAUCAUUCCUCCUCAUCAAAACGACAGCAAAAACAGCAACAACAAUUAAAUGGCCAUACUAAUGGCCGAAUAGGAAGUGGAAGACGAGUACAUGUUUUAGACAACAAUAUUUAUUCUCAACAACAUCCUAGUAAAAUGGUUGUUGAUCAUACUUGUAGUAGUUCCCCCCAACAAUGUGAUUGUUGCCCCUAUGGUUACCACAUUGAUUUGGGUUUUAAUUGGUCAAAUGAGGAAAAGAAGCGGAAUCGUCGAUUGUUGGCAUCACCCAGUUCUGACAAGACCAUGCUGGACUUGUCUGGUUCUGACAUUGCAAAUAUUAGUUCCUCAUACCCCGCUAAUGAUUCAAUUCUUAGUACAAAUUUCUCCCCUUACAUGGAGGAAGAAGAAUUGCCAGAAUUAUUAGAACAACAAACUCACCAACAAUAUCAACAACAACCACAUUUUAAUAAUAAUUCUAACAUUUGUUUUAACAAUCAACAACAAAAUGGCAACAACAAACACAAUUUAACAAACCGCCAAACAUCCUCUAUUUCUCAACAACAACAAUUACAAAGCAUUUUAAAGAAAAAUGCUGAUGUUUGGAAACAAGGAAAUAUUAGUAAUUCGCAAACUCAAGUUUUAAGGAAUAUAAAUCAACAGGUGUUUAAAUAA